GCAGCCCCCGAGCCCUGGCGGUAAGGAAUCCGGGCGCCCCGCGCAGCUGCAGGCGAGUGUGAGCACAAGUGCGGGCGUGCAAGGCCGUGUGUGCUUCGGGACCCACCAAAUCCGGGCCCCAGGUGCUCAUGAGGACUGGCCAUGUGCCCACCGGGGACGAAGGCGCGACGUCCGCCCAGCAGCUGGCAGCCUGUCUGUGCCGGGAGGGCGCCCAGCACAUGGCACGAGGGGAGCCCCCUCCGGCCACCGCCUUCUUCCUGGCCGCCUUCAGCUGCCAUGCCCCGACGGCCCUGCGCAGUGUCCGCGCUGCCCAGGCCGACGCCCGUGGGGCAGUGCUGGCCACGCUGGAGGCCUGGUGCCGUGGCCACAGCCAGAUCCCGCCCAUCACCUGGGGUGGAAUGGCAGUGGUGUCCCUGACGGGCACGCUGGCAGCGGCCUUCCUGGCCACGUUGUGUCCCGACCACCCGGCCGCGGAGCUGCACUGCCUGGCCUGCCUGCUGGCUCACGGGCGCCCCCUGGAGGCGGCGAGGCGCUGCUGCGCACUUCUGGCCACUCGGCCCCUGCACAGCCUGGAGCUGCAGCUGACACGCGCCUUGGCCUGGGUGCUGUCUGGAGCCGCCGACCGGGGCCUGGCUGACUACCUGCGGGCCUUCGCCGCCAGCGCCCAGCGCACGGUGGCCUUUGUGCAUGCCCAGCAGCAGCCUUACCUGCCCAUGCUGCUCAACACGCUGCGGGGCUGCAGCUGCAGGCGCCCAGGGACCAACGGAGUGGACCACCAACACGAGGCCUGUGCAGGGCUCCUGGCCGCCCUGGACCCCAAGGGCACCUGGAGAGAGGUUCUGUCACCAGAAGCUCUGCUCCGCAGCGGCAGGUACCAAGACUGCCAGGUCGCGUGCAGCCAGGCCCUGCAGGCCAGCACGCUCCCAGGCGAGCGUCAGGCUGCCCUGCUGGUGAUCCGCGCGGCCGCGGCCUUCUUCCUAGACGCCAGCACCCCGUGCGUGCUAGGAGACCUGCACGAGGCCUUCGGCCAGAGCCCCACCGAGGCGCGCGGGCAGCUGGAGGCGGUGCUGGCGCCCCCGGACCUGGAGCUCCUGCGAGCCAGGGCGCAGCAGGUAGCCGAUGCGGGGCUCGCCCACUUCCAGGAGGCGGUGCGGGGCCGCAGAGACCUGCGAGAAGACUCCGGCCGCGAGCUGCUGGGCCCAGUAGCCCGCGCGCUUCACGUCCUGCUGCGCCUGGGCCCUCCCGGGGCGCAAUGGGCACUGGGCACCCGCCUGGCCGAGUGCCUGCUGCUGGCGGGGGACGCGGCGGGCGCGCAGGCGCUGUGUGAGCGUCUGCUGGGAACCCGGAGCCCAGGGUACAAUGCAGGGGACCGUGCGCACUUGCUGGCGCUGCAUGGCUUCUGUGCACUGCACUCUGGCAACAAGCAGCUAGCCCUUGAGGACUUCCAGGAGGUGGUGGCAUGCGGCCCCCCGCAGCCCGGCCCCUGCGUGCGCGCCCUGUGCGGCCGUGGGCUGCUGCGCGUGCUGCAAGGCAGCGCCUUCCUGGGCGCGCUGGACUAUGUCACCGCCUGCUGCCUGCGCCCAGAGGAGGCGCUGCUCGUCUCCAAGGCCCUGGUGCCCUGGAACCACCGCGGACUGCUGCGGACCGUGCUGCGCGAGGAGGGCGAACGCUUACUGCGCCGGAGCUCAGACCCAGGGCCGCGGGGCUGCGGAGCAAAGGCUGCGGAGAGGGACAGCCUGGAGGCGCAGGAAGGGGACGCCCAGGGCGUACAUCAGCUGGCCAUGCUGCUGAUGGAGCUGGACGGCAAUGAUGAGGCUGCCCACCUGCUGGCCGCCGACGCCUUGUACUGCCUGGGUCGCCUGGAGGAUGCCCACAAUGCCCUACUGGUGGCCCUAACCCUCAAGCCUCAGGCAGCCCCCGUGCUGGUGCGGCUGGCCCUGCUGCAGCUCCGCAAGGGCUUCUUCUAUGACGCCAACCAGCUGGUGAAGAAGGUAGUCCAGUCUGGAGACACAGCCUGCCUACAGCCCACCUUGGACAUCUUCCAUCACAAAGACCGCCAACUGCUACAGGCCCACUGUCACACCCGGGCACUGGCCAUCCUCCACACACCACCCGCAGGAGCUGAGGACCCAGCCCGCACCCGGGAGGCCAUCGCCUACCUUUCCCUGGCCAUCUUCACAGCAGGGGGCCAGGCAGUUGAGAGCCUGCUGACCCGCGCACGCUGCUACGGGCUCCUGGGCCAGAGGAAGACUGCCCUGUUCGAUUUCAACUCAGUGCUGCAGGCAGAGCCAGGAAAUGUGUCUGCACUGUGUGGCCGGGCCUUCCUGCUCCUGGCCCUGGACCAGCACCAGGAAGCCAUUAAUGACAUCUUCUCAGCUCUGAAGCUCGAACCCCAAGCUGUCAUCUCUGAGAUCCGCUCUCUCAAGCCCAAAGCCCGGGCUCUCAUCACACAGGGCCUCGCUUCACACUGCCGGGUCCUCCUGAGCCAGCCACAAGGAGAUACAGAGGACUCAGGGGCCACACUUAGUCCUGAGGACACCCAGGGGCUCCUGGCUGUGGGAGAGGCACUGGUCAGCAUCGACAGCGGGCAGCCCAUCUGGCACAUCCUCCUGGCUGACAUGUUAACUGUGGCAGGCAGCUAUGAAGAGGCGGGAGUCCACCUGCAAAAGGCCCUGCACUCCUGCUCAGCCACAGAGGCGGCACAGGCCCGCUGGGGACUACUGCAGCUCAAGAAGGGAGAGGUGGAGGCUGCAGCUCGGAACCUGCAGGGCCUGGCCGAGACCGACGUCCAGGACCUGGGCUUCCUUCUGCAUCUCCUGGAUGCCUCCCAACGCCAGCUUCUCGCCCAGUCCAGGCAACUAGGCCUUCAACUUGCUCAGCCCAGGCGGCUGUCUCUGCUUGGCGGGUUAUUCUGGCCCCGGGGAGAUCUAUCUCCUGAUCCUCCCACGUCCCUGCGCGGCGAGAAGGCAGGGCAGCAAGGCCGUGGACAUGGGAUCCCGGAACUCUCUCAGUGCAAACACCUGCGGCCCCACCAUCAUUCCCCCCCUACCCCGCAGCGAGCAGCUGCUCAGGAAGCCGGCAUCCUCCUUAAGUCGGGACCUCCGGGUCCAGCCCUGGGCUACUGCACCCUGGCCGUCAUUGCAGGUGGACACAGGGCAGAACACCUGCGCCUACGGGCCGCCUGCCUGGCCCAGCUGCGGGACUUUGGGAGAGCACUCGCAGACCUGGACCAUGUGCUCCAGGAAAGUGUGGGAGACAACGAUCUUCCUACAUGGGCGAGAGACCUCUGCUCCCAGGGCCACCUGCUACUGAGCCUAGGGGAUAAGGUCGGAGCUGCAGGGGCCUUUGUCCAAGCCCUGAAGCUGGCACCCCAACAGGCUCGGAGCAGCCUAUAUGAACAACCGGGCCGGGACGCCACCGCCCACCUGCUCCUGGACCGGGGCCAGCGCUGCCUGGAAGAAGGGCGCCUGGAUGAAGCCUGGGAAGCGGCCGAGAGUGGCCUCCUGGCGGACCCGGAGCACAGUGGCCUGAAGAAGUUGAAGGCCAGGAUCCAGAAGGAGGCGUCCUCCGGGUGCAGGCUGCACUGACACCGGAGCCCCCUGGGCCCAGGCUCUGGUCAUCUGUGCAGACCCUACCCUGGGCAAGAAGAGACCUUCAGCUCUGGAAGGUCCAUUAAUCAAAAUUUCCAAGCAAAUGACCUGCCAGCAAAGACACCAGCUUCCCUUGGGGAACGUGAGCCACACCCCCUCCUGGUGGCCCCGCCCCUGCUGAGCGGAGGGGGAGCGGAACUGAUCUGCAAAACUGAUGGGGGGGGAAUGCUCUGGUGUUUUCUUAAGAGGAUGAAACCUGUUGCUAAUUUGUCUAGAAACUUCUCUCCAAGACAGGACGAGCUGCAUAGGCCCCAUCACUAUAGGAGUUCAGACUUGAGGUCUGAGUUGUGUGGGUCUCUCUCCUGUUCGUGAAGGACAAUCACACUGGGAGGUCACCUCUCUGGCCGGUGCCCUGGACGUGAGAACUACACUUCCCAUGAAUCCCUGCGUGGCCUAUAAACCUCCCUCCUCCCCCCCCCCCCCCGCCGCCACGCAGCCACGCCUUCGCAAAUCACAAGGCGCCUCUAAAGAGUGAACUGGCCAAUCACAGAAUUACCAAGAGCUUGAAAGAAAAAUUUUCUCAUAGGGCCGGGUGGUGGUGCAUCUGGUUGAGCGCACAUGCUACAAUGUGCAAGGACCUAGGUUCGAGCCCCUGGUCCCCACCUGCUGGGGGAAAGCCUUACAAGUGGUGAAGCAGUGCUGCAGGUGUCUCUCUGUCUCUCUCCCUCUUAAUCUCCCCUUCCCUCUCAAUUUCUGGCUAUAUCUAUCUAAUAAAUAAAGAUAAUAAAAAAUUAUUUAAAAAAAAAGAAGGGACUCGGGCGGUAGAGCAGCAGGUUAAGCACAGGUGGCACAAAGCACAGGACCGGCAUAAGGAUCUCGGUUCGAGCCCCCAGCUCCCCACCUGCAGGGGAGUCGCUUCACAGGCAGUGAAACAGGUCUACAGGUGUCUCUCUUUCUCUCCCCCCUCUGUCUUCCCCUCCUCUCUCCAUUUCCCUCUGUCCUAUCCAACAACAGCAAUAGCAAUAGCAGCAAUAACAACAAGGGCAACAAAAGGGAAUAAAUAAAUAAAUAAAUAUUAAAAAAAAAGAAGAAGAAGAAGAAAUUUCCCAUUACCUCUUACCUGGCUCCAGUUCGUUGUAACUACGCCACUGGGCCACAAGGAGCCAAUAUUUGAACCCCAUUCCUCUUGAUCUUUCUGUUUACUCUUGGCAUCUACUCCUUAUUCCCUGAUUCCAACACUAUGUUGGUAAACGAAUCUCCCCUCCCUGCCCUGUCUCAUCUGACUGAAGUCACACGACCAACUGCUUGCCCUUGUCUGCUGACUUUUUCUCAGUUCCUGUGACCUUGAGCAUCCUACCUCCUUCUAAAAGCUACAAGACUUCACCUGGAGUACCCUGUGAUUCUGUGCCUGGUCUCCUCUCUGCCCUGCAUGCCUACCUGCCGCCCUCACUCCAUCUCCAGUUCCCAUUCCUCCAGGGUCCAGAGCAAGUGGUGGCCCCAGACCUCACUAACCUCUCACAGAUGCCCCAGCCCACCACCAACAACUGGCAACAUGGGCUUGACAGCCCCGACUUUCCUUGGACUCCUCCCCUCCCCAUACUGGAUAGAAAGUAAGAGUCCUCUUUCCCCCAUCUUCAUCCCAGCCAACAGGAACCCUGAUUGGGGGGGGGGGGGGCUCCAUGCAUUCCUAUAUCCUUCCAUUUAGGGGUCUUCAAGCAACCACUGCUUGUUUAUGAUUUCCCAGGGUCCCUUCCCCCACCUGUUCUCCAACCACAUGUCCUUGUCACCUUGUCCAUCUACACACCCCUAGAUUAGCACACAUCUGUGCACAAAAGACUCAAGUGAUGGAUGAGUCAGCUUGGAGCCCAGGAAGUAAGAGGGAGCCAGGAGCCCAGGUGGCUGAGAAGGCCCCACCUCCUGAGGCAAGGAAUGGAGGCCUCACCUGGACUUUGUCCCUGCUGCCUUCCCUUUUCCUAUCCCUACAGGACCAGCCAGAGUUCUUCACACAGAGCUGGGGCCCAGUCCCCCCAGGGGCAUCUCCUGCUCUGCCUCUAGAGCUCCUCCCUCCCCAGGCAGCCCCACCUGCCUAAGGUCCAUGCCAGCUCCCUACCCUGUACCCCAGGCAUCCUGAAAGACUGUGGCAGACCAGGGUUUCUCCUGCUGGGGUGAUUCCAGGGCUGAGAAGGCUCCCAAUGGUAAGGGGACCACUGGGGCUGGGGUACAGCUGACAAAGACAGUUCCAGAUGCCCUGCACCCCCAUUCCCUGGCCAGCCAACCUUCCUCCCACAGUGCUCCCCACUACUCAACUAGAGGCCAGGGACCCAGACCUAGCUGUGUACCCCAAAAGAGCACCCCUCAUGUCUGCCCUGACCAUGCUGGGCUCAGAGGUUGGUCAUAGAUGGGCCUCUCACCUCCAAUUCCUGUCCUGGGAAGAUGGAGUUGACUGAUUGUCAACAAUCUAUUUCACCAUAGGCUCCACAGAAAACAGCCGGGGACCCUGUAGAGCAAGGCUUGUCCUUCUGAGCCUCAGGACCCAGCCUGCCUUGCCCUGCCCCUACCCUACCUCCACUCUGCUCUGCACCAGGGACUGUCCCACAGCCACUGUUCACAGGUGUAUAAGAGAGCCAGCCAGUGCAGCCAGUGGGAGAAACUGCUCUGCUCUUCACAGUCACCACAGUCUAGCCCACAGGAAAAUGAUAGACAAAAAUUGGGAGGGUAGGUGGAGGUAGAGAGGGAGAAGAAAAGAGAGACACAUGCAACACAGCUUCACCACUCAUGAAACCUCACCCCCUGCAGAUGGAGACCAGGGACUUGAAUCCGGGUCCUUGUGCAUGGUGAUGUGUGUAUUCUACCAGAUGCACCACCACCUGAACCCUAAUGAUAUUGUUGCAGGUCACUAUUAGACUGUUCCCUUUGCUUCAUGAUCUUGAAGAAUCAAGGUCUGUAAUUCAAUAUAGAAAAACUACAUUUCCAGGGUCGGGUGGUAGUACACAUAGUACAUGCACAUAGUACGAAGCUUAAGGAUCCAGGCUCUAGCUCCCAGCUCCCCACCUUCAUGGGGGGGGUCACUUCACAAGCAGUAAAGCAGGUCUGCAAGUGUCUCUCUCUCUUCCUCUCUAUCUUCCCCUCCCAUCUCAAAUUCUCUCUGUCCUAUCCAACAUUUAAAAAAAAAAUGGGGAAAAAUAAAAAGAAAGAAAAUGGCCGCCAGGAGCAGUGGAUUCAUAGUGCAAGCACCAGCACCAGCAAUAACCAUGGAGGCAAAAAACUACAUUUCCCAGAAUUCCUGGCACCAAGCCACAAAGAAAAGGAGGAAAGUACGUCAAAAGAAGAAUGCAGAACCUCCAAAUCUUCAUAUGAAUUAUUAUUGAAAUAAUUGUUGUUGGAUAGGACAGAGAGAGAUGAAGAGAGGAGGGGAAGGCAGA